AUGGAGUUUUUACUGGGGAACCCGUACAGCACGCCCGUGGGACAGCGAAUCGAGAUAGCAACAAGCUCUAGCCUGCCAUCAGAAGACUGGUCUCUCAACAUGGAGAUCUGCGAUACGAUCAACAGCUCUGAAGAAGGGCCUAAAGAUGCAGUCAGAGCCAUUAAAAAAAGGAUUGUGGGAAACAAAAACUUUAAGGAGGUCAUGCUAGCGCUCACUGUACUGGAAACCUGCGUGAAGAACUGCGGCUACAGGUUUCAUAUCUUAGUCACCACAAGGGAUUUUAUCGAGGGGGUUCUGGUCCGUUCUAUUAUCCCGAGGAACAACCCUCCUCUGAUCGUACACGACAGAGUGCUCGGCAUCAUACAGGCGUGGGCAGACGCAUUCCGUAGCUCGCCCGACCUGACUGGUGUGGUGUCAGUCUAUGAAGACCUGCGAAGGAAAGGGCUUGAGUUCCCUAUGACGGAAUUAGAUGGCUACCCAUCAGGCCAACCUCCCAAAAGGCAGACCUCGUCUCGAAAUGGGCCUGCCAUUGCUACUGUCCCUGCUCCGCUGCUGUCCUCCAAACCUCCCCUAAUCCCACCCCAGACUCUUGAGCUAAAGCAGGCGCUAGAGGGUGGUGAUGCCUUUACUCCCAACCAGGUAGGAGCACUAAAGGCAGAGCUGGGAGUGGUGAGGAGCAACCUCACAAUGAUGUCCGAUAUGAUGAGUCAGCUGGAUCCUGUCACGGUAAAACAAGCUGACAUGGAGUUGCUGGAGCAGUUAUACACAGUAUGUAAGGAAAUGCAGGACAGGAUAGUGAAGAUUGUCCCCAGGCUUAGUGAGGAGAAACUGAUCGAAGAGUUAUUAGCAACAAAUGACGAGAUGAACACUGCCUUCUCGCGCUAUCACAGGUUUGAGCGACAAAUAGCAAAUGGCCCAAACACAACCCAACAGGUAGAUCACUUGAGCCAUACAUAUGUAAACCUAAAAGACCUCAAUAUUAGUGAAUCGGGGGCCGCAACAGCUAUCAAUGGCGGCCUGCUCACACAAUCAAAAGAGGACAGUUUGUCCAGCCGGAUGGCAGGGCUCAACACAAGGGAAGGAGAUGACGUGGAUGCAUUUUUACACAAAACAAAUGGCUCAACUCAAAGAGCAAGUGAGCAUAUAGACAUUGGACUGGAUGGCCUUGCUCAAGCUCAGGAAAACUCUAAAGUGGUAAGCAAAGUUGAUUACAGCCCAGCAUCCUCUCACAGCUCCUCACCAAAGUUAGACUGGAUGAUUAAAAGGGGAAUGAUACCUGUCAAGCAGUCAAACGUAAUGGAUGAUAUUGAGAAAUGGCUUGAGUUGGAUGAUGAGUAUGACGACGUUGAAGACUCUGAAGGUGUCACAAGUGAAGAAUUUGACAGGUUCUUGGCACAAAGAGCAAAAGCAGCUGAGCGGUUACCUUCAGUGCGACAGUCUUCCCAGGAUGCCAACCACUCCGAAUCCUGA